AUGACGUGGAACGAAGAAAGCGCCAUGUUCGACGAGCUGAUACGGAUUGAUCAGUUUCUCAACAGCCUUCACAUGGACAAACCGACAGAGACCCUGCCAAGCCGAAACCUACCAAGUGAAGAAGAAAUCAGCCUGGGAGCGUUUCUCCUACAAAUUUUAUUUGCUGCUGUUAUUCGCUUUUCGUGGCUGCUUUGGAGACUCUCCAUGUCCAUGUCCAUAUGGAUACUGCUUUAUUUGCCCUAUAUCCGGUGCAUUUUGAACAAUCGCAUUCCCUUCUUCGUUGGUCUGACUGCUUGGCUUGUGCUCCUUAUGGACCACGAUCCUCUCAGUUUCACGACUAGGGGCAGACCAGCUGGAGUCCGGUUUACCUCAGCCGAUUUGUAUCAACUGUGGUAUUGGUUCGCUGCACCAAUCUUAUGCCGAACUGUAUAUCAUUUCCCACGUCUUCUGAGAGACAUACAUGCCAAAGCCGCCCAGGAUUUCAACGAUGCAUUCGAGGUCGAUAUCAGCCUAUCGGAAUAUGUCAUCGAGUGCUACAAGCCUACACCUCCGCAGUCAGCUUUUGACCAUGCCUUCCGUCUCUUGUUGCGUGAAAUCAACCUCGACAGAAUCGAUGCAAAAAUCGACAACCCAGAAUAUGACUGGAAAAGUCGUACUCUAUUGCCACAAAUGGACGGUGCUACACAUCUGGGCUGGGAUAAGUACUCCAAAAUCCUGGACAAAAGGAAACAAAGACGGGCUACGUAUCACAAAGGGCCUGUGGUUCACCGUUUGCGACUUGGACCCGAUGGCCAACCGGCGGCCGAUAUAGACGGGAAAAGAAGGACACCAAGGGUAUUGAUUCUUUUGGAGUAUUCCCAUGCAGAUGAGCCGAAUUUUCUGGAUUUUCUGGAGCUGUCGCUUCAGAAAAUGCGUAAGAUGGGCACCAAGUUGAAUGACCUACCAGUCCCUAGUACGUAUGGGAGAGCCUUGAUUGACGACUUGGGCGAGCGUUGCCGCCAGAACAACGAAUGUAUCAAGGGUUCCGGUAUAUCAUCGCCUGAUUUGACUGUUGAGGCCCGUCUUGGCAAGGGAGAAAAGUUCUUGUCGUCUACCGAGAUUCCGGACGAUCGGAAACAAGACACAGCAUAUGUGCGUGCUUCUGAGGAAUUGGAGCUUUCGCCUAUUUAUGCGGCUAAUGAUGAGAAAAAUGAGCUGACAGCUGAUGAUUAUGGGAAGAAAGAAUCUGUAGGCAGCCCUGAAACAUCACUUACUACAGAUGAAGAGAUGCGAAAGGGGCCGAUCACGUUGAAGACCGAUCAUACACAAGAAGAAGAUACCAUGGCUGCUGCUGGAACAGCCAUAGAAGAACACUGGCGUGUCUCUGAGAUGGACCCCGACGUGUUGGAUGGCUUGCCAAAUGAUGUCCAGAUCUUACCCCUGGCAGAAGGCCAGCUAACACCAAGCCCUACAGAACAGCAACAGCCCAUACUCGAGGAAAAUCACUCCAAAAUCAGGUACGGCUCAGAAGAGACCUUUAGAUCUCCCGAAAAUGGAGCUGUAUCCAUCGAGGACCACCAAACGGAUCCCGACAGGUUCCAAUAUACCGCACAGAAACCAUUUACCCUUCCCGCAGAACCCGAUUUCGCACUCAGGUCUGCUCCCCCUGCGCCCAGGGAUGAUAGAGAUGUAGAUGAGGUUAUAAAGCCAGGGGAGAUACAGAUGACCAUACAGAUACAGCUGCCAGGUACGCCAGAAUCUGAGCCAACCGCCGAAAAUUUACAAAUUACGGUCAACGAUGGUUGUGACUCAUUCGAAGAUGAUGCCAAUUUUAAAUUAAACGCUUCAGCACUAACUGAGAUAAUAUCUCAAAGCAAUCCACGGUCUGAUUCGAAUGACAAAGAGAGAGACGAAGCCUUCUUCCAACUCUGGGAGCCCAUUACCCAGGAAGAUGGGGACCAAGACAUGGAAGACUUCUUGGAGCCUGAAUUCCAAGAAGAGAGCGAUGAAAUGAAUAUUGAUUCUCACGAAUAUUGCGACAUGUUUGAUGGGCUAUAUCCGGAUGUGUCUCGGGGCGAAGACUGGUGUCCAUAUGAAGAUACCAUAGCCAUGGAUACGGAUGAUAUGGAGGACCUAGUCAUGGAUACGGAUGAUGUGGAGGAUCCAAACUUUCAGCAAGACGUCGAAAUGAUUAAUUUUUUUGAUGUUUCUAAACUGGAAACUAUGUUUUCAAACAGUCGACGAAAAGACCAGCUUCGAUUUCCAAGAAAUUCAACGCCAAUAAGACGAAAAGCUGAAAAGAGAACUGGUGGCAGCAUACAACGCAGAUUCUGA